GAAGACGUAAUCCUUUCCUCAAACUUAAUCUCCUUAAACAAUGGCUCAGCCACCCAUUUCUCAACUUUCUCCACUUUUUCUCAUGUUGACGUUACUUUGUGUACAGAUACGCUCGCCGCCAAAUGUGAAUGGAACAUACUAGACUACUUACAUGGAAGUGACCACUUCCCCAUAAUACUAAAAGUGCACUUGGGACCAAUAAACAAAUUCUAUAAACCAAAAAAUAUUUUCAAAACCGAUCACGCUGACUGGGUAAAAUUCCAAACUCUCUGCAGAGCUAAAUGUGAUAAAAGCCCAACAGCAGCAAAUCCCAACCAGGAAACCGCUCGAAUAACGAAAAUUAUUCGCGCAGCAGCAAACGAUUCCAUUCCACAAACUAAUCAUUCAAAAAUUUCUAAAAACAUCCCUUGGUGGAAUAAACAAUUAGCUUCUUUAAGAACAAAAAAACAAACUGCGUGGUAUGACUACAAACGAUGCCGCACACUAGAAAAACUCAUUUGCUUCAAGAAAGCCAACGCCUACUUUCGUCGAUCCGUCAAACAAGCCAAGCGCAAAUGUCUCGAAGAUUUUACGCUCAAAAUCAAUCCUUCUUCCAAUCCGAGACAAAUCUGGGCUGACCUCAAAAAGUUAGCUGGUUCGCCCACCACGUCAGCAAUCAGGUGCUUAAAUUUGCCUUCAGGUCACUUAAACAACCCAAUAGAUAUCGCAGAAGAAUUAGUCAACCAUUUUUCCAACAACAGUUCUGACAACAAUUUCAGCACUCAGUUUCAAGCCCUCAAAUCAUCCACACUUUCAGAAAACGCCUCUAUGUCUCCAUCUAUGUCACCCUCAGCAAAACAAAUCGAUUCCAGUGUUCAAUUAGAUGAGUUUGAGUAUGCUCUAUCCGGAGUAAGCGGCAAAACCCCCGGUUUAGAUAAAAUAUCUUACCCUAUGAUCAAAAACUUGCCAAUUGAGCUCAAGCAACGAAUCGUCAAACUUUACAAUAAAAUACUGGACACCGGUAUUUAUCCCCAAUUUUGGAAGACAUCGGGCGUAAUCCCUAUUCUUAAACCCAAUAAAGAAUCAACAGAUAUCGACAGCUAUAGACCAAUCUCUCUCCUACCAUGCUUAGGCAAACUUUUCGAAAAAAUUAUUGCGAACCGGCUGUCGUGGUACGCCCAGCGGAAUAAAUUGAUGACACCUAAUCAAGUCGGUUAUAAAAGAAGCCAAGGCACGUUAGAUGUAUUACUCCACCUCGACCACUCCAUAUGCAACGCUCUGUCCAGUAGGAAUCAUUUAUCUAUAUUAUCCUUAGAUUUCAACAAAGCCUUUGAUAAAAUCGGUGCCCACAUUGUGCUGCGGCAAUUAAAAAACUGGAAGAUCGGUCCAAAAAUUUUGAAUUUCGUUAAAAGCUUCCUCACUAACCGUAAAUUGAAAGUAAAUGUUAAUGGAUUCUUCUCCUCCACACUUCCACUCUCAAACGGCACGCCGCAAGGUUCGCCACUUUCAACAUUCCUCUUCAUCACUGCCUUUGAUGAAAUAAUUUUUGACUCUAAGUAUAAUUUUAAUUCGCAUUGUAAAUACAUUAGAAACUCUUUGCAAUCAAGAUUAAACAUUGUAAAAUAUCUUUCGUCAAAAUACUCGUUAAUACAUCCAAAUACGCUCAUCAGUGUUGUCAGAUCGCUUCUUCUUUCAAAGAUCGACUAUGCGCUUCCGCUUUACGGACGAAGUUCGAAGAACAACAUCAAGCUUAUAUGUGCCCCGUACCACUGCGCGAUACGCCGUAGCCUCAGAGCUUUUCCAACAUCACCCAUUGAAAUCAUGCUUGCGGAGUCAGGUCUACCAAGUGUACAAAAUAGGAUUGUAGACGAAACCCACCGACUACUAUCAAAAGCGGUUGAAAGCACAAACUCAUCGCUGACCAAGGCCUUUGCUACUUCGCUGAGGCGUACCAGGCUACCAAGAUUUCUUUCAGCAAUAACAAAAUGCGUUAUCUUUGCAAAAAAAAAUGCUCUUCCGCUGUCGGUGGGGAAUAAAGUAAAGCCCCUUCAUCCUCAUUGGCUAAUCCCGUGCGAAUCACUCCCCAACAAACUAUCCAAGCUGCCCAAACAGAACACACCAAACGAUGUUUACAAAAAAACGUUUUUAGAAAUGGAGCAUGAAUACGAAAAAAAUGGCUGGAAGUCGAUCUUCACAGACGGAUCUAAGUCAUCCGAAUACACUUCCUUUUCCGUGGUCACGAACACAGGUAAUACAAUUUGCAACUGGCUUCUUCCUCAUAUGUGUUCGGUUUUCUCAGCAGAGGCAUCUGCCAUAUUGAAGGCGGUCGAGCAUGCAAAAAAACACAAUGGUAAAUAUCUCAUUUGCACCGACAGCAAGUCUUGCAUCUCAGCCAUUAAGUCGUUAUCAAAUUACAAUCCGAUAAUAAGCAAAAUCAGAGACGCCGUGAUCAGCGCCCCGAGAAAAAUCAAAAUAAUGUGGAUUCCGGGCCACGUGGGAAUAACUGGCAAUCACCUCGCUGACGCCGCUGCCAAAAGUGUCAAAAACAUACCGGCUCUUACUUACAACUAUCUUUCGAAACAAGACAUACGCAACUUCAUCAAACACAAAAGGCUCGAAGAAAACUUAAAUGCUUGGAAACUAUACACCCAUAGUUACGCCAUCAUCAACCCAGAUAGAAUACCAACCGUGUAUGGGCCCACCACGAAAAUAAGCGCCAUCAAAGCAUACACUCGCCUCAGGAUCGGACACACCAUCCUAACUCACUCGCAUAUACUUAUGGGAAAAUCCCGUUCCAAUUGCCCUUUUUGUGACAACUCCGUAUCAAUUCAACACAUACUAGCAGACUGCCCAGUAAUCCACUCAACAACACACUACUCUGACAACAUUGACUUAGCACAAGCAUUAAAAAAUCCCUCAGAUAAAAACGUAAUGAAUACAUAUAAAUUUUUAAAAGAUAGAAAUUUACUAAAAUACAUCUAACACACUAAUAACUAACUAACACAAUAAUAGUACCUAAGCUAUUAAUAAGGCGGCUGAAGGCCUAGUAGCCAGUGCUGCGAUUUCAUGUAUUUAU